AUGGUGUAUACUGAGGAAUAUAUAAAAGAAAAAUUGACCAAGGAGUUGGACGCCGUUCACGUCGAAGUGACGGAUGAAAGCGACGGUUGUGGCGCUAAGUUCUCAGUCCUUGUAGUGUCCGACAAGUUUCAGGGAAAGCCGCUGUUAGCGCGGCAUAGACUCGUCAAUUCAGUGUUACAAGAGGAGUUGAAAACGAUACACGCGUUUACACAAAAGACGCUGACAGUGGAACAGUGGAAGCAACAAUAA